AUGGCUACAGCAAACGAUACAUGUGAAGUGUGUGGUCUGGAAGACUUUGCAUUAGAAGAUGGUUUUUAUUACUGUACAGAAUGUGGCACAAAACUUCAUAGCAAACGUGAAAUUGUGGAUGAUGAUAUAGAUGUCGGCUGCCAUACAACGAUGCGGACAGAAGUUCAAGUGGGAAGCAAAAUAUCAAGCUGGGAGCAAAUGAAUUAUUUCCUUCACGGCCUCACGGAGCGAUUGGUUGAGUUGGGCGCUCCGGAAGAGCUAAAAAUGACAGUUUUACAGAUUUGGAGUGCCUAUCUGAAUAACGCCGAGAUAGCUUUCUUCCACAAAAGGCAACGUAAGCGUCCACGUUUAACUUUGCGAAAUCUGAAAUUGGAUUUGAAAGUAAUGUUCAACCGAAGUGUUCCCAAGCGAUCCAUACGCAGAGAUAAAAAAUCGGGGGAAACUUCCAUAAAGCGUGGGCGAAAGCGAACUCAAGAUAUGUUAAAAGCUGAACAAGAUGAAUUAACACAAAGUCAAAAUUCGGACUUAGAAUCUACGUUAAGCAACUUAUCGACAUCGAUGCGGGAUUCUAAUUCAGUUCAAACCCCAUUGGGGUUUCAAUUCAACCGUCGAACGCGUAAACGACUUCUGGAAGAAUUGCAGCUUGAUGAGGACAGUGUACAGUGGCAUGAGCAAGAAACACCUGCCGAUGUGAAUUGUCAUACCUUUCCCCAUUUGAAUGUAAAACGAUAUAGGGCUAAAGAGGGAGACAACUGGUCAUUCAUGCAUCGGAAAUCAAUUUUAAUCGGUAUUCUAACCCUUGGUUUGAAUCAAGUGCGCAGCACAAUACAAGCAGCAGAUCUGAUACGAUGGAUAGAAGAAGGACAUCUUCCGUUUCAUGACUUACGACAAUAUUUACCGGAGGGUCUAGACCCAGAUUGUUAUUCUGAAACAUUGUCACAUCUGUCGUGUUCUUAUCAUGGGUUCGUGAACUACAGAGAAGUCACAUCGCUGAUAGCAACAGAUCUUGGAAUAAUGCCAAUCCAUCCAGAUUUAUCUACGAUUUGCUACCGAUUUUUAAGUGAACUAGCGCUCCCGCUCGAUCUAGCACCCUACAUUGACAAAGUGAUUGCAAUUGCGCCAGCCAUUAAGCCCCCUGCUGCAAAAGCCUGCUUUCCGAAGUACGAACUGCACGCCAUGAAGUUCAUAUUGUUUGUUAUGAAACUGUUGUUUGGUUUGGAUGGUGUGGUCGAAACAAAAUUAGAUUUAACCACCGAAAAGCUCAACGAACGAAUUGGAGCAUGUACCAAAAUUCCACAACUUUUCGUAUGGCGUGAGUGGCAACGAUACGUGACUAUGCGGCACGUUAUACUGGAACAAUUGCACUACCCAACAAGUCAUUCCCGCACCCAAUCCACGAUAAACCGUCCUAUUGAUAACGAUCUUUUUCUUAGCUUUUUUGAGACUCAUGCUGUUUCAGACGAUGAUAAUACUACUGGCUAUCAAGCUGGUAUACAUGGACCAAGGCAUACUGCGGCCCAAGAGCGAUUAUUUAAAAAUUUGCACACCAUCAUAUCAUCGGCAACAGAGAAACACCCAAGCCUUCACGGAGGACAAUCGAAAAAGCAUAUCGAGUUCAAUCAUAGCUUGGAACCGCAACGUACGUAUUUCGCAGAAAUACUGAAAAUGGACGAUACCGAGCGGCAACACGUGUAUAUUCCAGAGUACAUGCUAACAGAUCACAACAAACGUAUGACAGCACCGUUCGUUAAUCCAAUGCCUCUUAAAAAACAACUUUUGGCGAAUCAAAAGAUUAGAUUGAUCACAAAAAAAAUUAAACCAACAAUUAAGCAUAUCCAGAUGGUUGCGUACAACUCACAUCUUAAGAAUGUAGAUCUUUACCUCCAUGUGAAUAAGUUCGCCCAUGUGCUCCAAAGGGAGGAUGAUAGUGAAUCGAGCAGUUCCGAAAAUGGCAACGCCGAAAGUAACAUUUUAGAUUACAUCAACUCAAAAGCCGAGAAAUAUCAUCUCAGUCACGAGGAAAUACUACACGAUACACUGUGCCAAAAUACGAUAGCUGAGUUGGAAUCAAACCUUCGGACGGCGCAGUUUAAAGCCAGAUCCAAAGACGCGGAGCUGGUGUGGUUAAAAGAACUUAAAGAUGAAGUCAAUCCGUUUCAAAAUAAUCCUACCGUAUACAAAACUCUACCAGAUAAGCAAUGUUGCAGCGAAACGAUAAAAUUUGCUCUGCCGAAUUAUUACUACUGGGUCAAGAGUGGAAAUCUCAGCUGCAUUACGCUUAGUACCUUCGAGCAGGAUUAUUUUAGCACUUUUCCAGCCAGCUUUCAAUUCCUUCUGCGGGAAGCAGCUUACGUUACGCGGUGUUCCAUGAUGGAUUUAUAUUCGGAACUGAAUGAGUUGGAAAAACAUAUUUUUAAAAUAUAUGAUCGAAUAAAAUGA